AUGUCGUAUUUUCUUCGAGAACUCUAUCCUCGUGACAUAUCGCCGUCGACGUCCAGCGCCCCGUCUCCUUCUCAGCUCGUCUCCGAUCAGUAUGCUCAGCUUAUCAAAAAAUACUAUCCAGUACGAACUAAGGGCAGUAUCUUACGGAUACCGCAGAUCGAAAGAGGCGGAAGAGUCUCAAAGAGGUGUGACGUGGGCCAAUUGCCGCAACUGUCCAACGAGCUCUCGACUGCCCUUCAUGUGGUCGGUCCUCCAUCCUCGUUUUCAACGAUUGCCAUUGCAAAAACAUUGUUGGCAAAAUAUGGCGAUCUGUUGGAAAAGAAGGAGACUGUAGAAGGUGGCGUGGACGACUCAAAUUACGUCGACAACGCUCGAGAACGAGUAGAUACCUGCGAUCACACCAAGGCUGACCAGUUGGUUUGCGUGGGCAUGUCGUGCGUGUUUGACAUUUUACGGCAACUCAGCCGACGGGAUCCAGAACUUUGCGUUCAAGCGCUCAACUCCCUAAUGACAUUGUUGCAGAAUUUACCAGUAGACUGCUUACGAAACGAGCCAAAACAGUCUGUCGAAUCAAUGAUGAAGGUUCUACGGGUUUUACGGGAAGAAGGGUCGCCAUCAGUCUGUUCUCGAGCGUCGAGUUGCUUAGCAGCUCUGGCGGUCUGUAGCGGACUUCCUGACCACCUGAUGGAUGCCGUCGAGGCGUUGAUCUGUACACAACGGAAUGAGCCCAAGAGCUUCGAUUCGUCGUAUGAUGAGCUUCAAGUGCCAGAGAAUCUGCAUCGAUUGAGCGUUAAAAUCCAGCACAAAGCCCACAAGGGAGCUGAAGUUGGGAGUAGCUCGUGGACGGAGCGGCCUCUAGAUGAGCAUAGAAUAUUGUGUAGUUUUGAUUUACCCACUCUGCCGAAUGACUCACCGUCUGAGACGCCAGACGAUGACAUGCGAUUGCAAGGAUCCAUAGCUUGCGACGGUGAGCUAGUUUUGAAACUUAAAAUUGUUUCAUUUUUCACUCCUCCUUUUUUACUGUGGAGAAACGUCCUUUGUUUCUCCUCAGUCCUCGCUUCAUUUCGAAGCCGCAUUUUUUUCGUAUGUGAUUGUAUAAGAACAAUGCCACACAUCCGCGGUCGCGGCAUGGUAUCGCUGUGA